CCUUCCCACCUAGGGGCACUCUCUCAUUAUUAUUCCUAUUGGGGUUUUUUCUGUGCUCCGUAAAACAAACCGUAGCUAGUAUCAAUCAAUUUUAUUUCAACAUUCACAAUGCAGCGUUUCUGGAGAUUCACUUCAGAAGCAGCACAAUCUUCCACAUUCAUCAUCAAACGACGGAUCAAUACCCUACAAAAGCCGCCAAGCGCAGUCUCAGAUCUUUUUUCAUUGUUCAAAGCUUCUAUUCCUUCUUCGCACAAAAACCAUCUCACCGUCGAUGAAGUCGCGGUUUUGAGGAACAAAUUGCUUCUUGUAGCUUCUGAUUCUGUUAGUGUUACAACCAUUUUGAAUGAUAAUGUUGAUUCUUUACUCUCUUCUCGCUCUCUCUUUCUUGCACUUCUCAAUCACUUCAAUUCACACCCUUCCCUUUUACUACAGGUGUUUAAUUGGAGAAGGAAGAGAAAGGUUUCUGAAUCUGAUACUUGCAAGAAUUCCAUGGAUGCACAUGAGUAUUCCAAGGGUAUUAAAGCGGCAGGAAGAUGUAAAAAUAUUGAUCUUGCAAUUGAGCUAUUUAAGGAGGCUGAAAAUAAGGGUGUGAAGAUAAGCAGCACUUACAAUGCACUAAUGGGUGCUUUUAUGUUCAAUGGUCUUGCUGAUAGAUGUUACUCUUUGUUUCUCGACAUGAAAAAGGAUCCAACUUGCACUCCCAACAAUGUUACGUAUAAUAUUGUUUUAUCUGUUUUUGGUCGCGUGAUGCUCAUUGAUCACAUGGAAGCAACAUUCAAGGAGAUGAGGGAGUUACACCUCUCACCUAAUAUAUCCACUUAUAAUUAUUUGAUUGGUGGAUAUAUCUCAAGUUGGAUGUGGGAUGAUAUGGAAAAAGUUUUUCAAGUGUUGAAGUCAGGCCCUGUUGAGCCUAAUAUGAAAACCUACCUCUUAGUGAUUCGUGGGUAUGCACACUGUGGUAAUCUGAAGAAGAUGGAAGAGAUAUAUUCGUUGGUAAGGGAUCAUGUAAAUGAAAAUGAAAUGUCGAUUAUCAGGGUUAUGAUAUGUGCCUAUUGUAAAAGUUCUGAUGCAGAUAAAGUUAAGAAAGUAGAGGCGUUGUUAAAGUUGAUCCCUGAAAAAGAAUACAGGCCUUGGUUAAAUGCGGUGUUGAUUAAGUUUUAUGCCCAGGAAAACAGGUUAAAGGAAAUGGAGAAUGCAAUAAAUGAUGCAUUUGAGCACAAAACUGCUAUAACAACCUCGGGUAUUAUGAAGUGUAUAAUUGCAGCUUAUUUUCGGUGCAACGCAAUAGAAAAUCUUGAGAAUUUUAUUAGACUAUCUGUAUUCGCGGAGUGGAGAAUCUGCCACUCCUUAUUUCAUUGUAAGCUGGUCAUGUAUGGUUCACAAAAGAACUUUAGAGAAAUGCAAAAUGUCCUUGAGGAGAUGGGAGAUAUUGACAUGAAUUGCAAUAAGAGAACACUGUGGAUAAUGUACAAAGCCUACUCGAGUACUGGUCAGAGAUCCAUGGUUUUGAAAAUAUUGGGAAAAAUGUUCAAGCAUGGUUACGAAAUUCCCGAUGAUGCAUUUCCAUCAUGAUUUAUCUUGCUGAGGUGCAUCACAUAUGCGAGUACCAUAGCUAUAAACACAUUCAACAGGUUAACGCGAAGAUGUUUAUUGCAUUUGGCAUAAACUGGAUUUGUCUAUAGUUUUAGGCAAAAGGACAAGCAGCUCGUGGAAUAUGUGAUGAAUGGAUUGCAUUCAAGGAAAUUCUUUAACUAUGGUUGUACAUGGCCUUCCUAUUAGAUUUUUGUUUGAAAUUAUAUUUCUUCAGCAGGCUUCCAUCUCAAAUAAUCUGAAGCAGUUCUUGCAGGUAAUGGUGCAAGAAACAGUAACUGGUGUGAGUCAAGCACUCAAGAAACUUUUGCUCUUGAGACUGUUGUCAGUGUUAGGGUCUGUAGGUGAUAGAUACUUGAAACCAUGGAUAAUUCCACUACCCAGAAGUCAGUAAAGGAGUGCGCCUUAUUGUAGCCAGUGAUGAUUUCAUGGUAUGUGAUAAGUGAUAACAAUUGAAGAAGUGUGUGACAUUUCUCGAAAGUGAAUCCUUCUUUGGUAUAAGAAUGGCAGUGAUGUAUGAACAAGACAAGGCAAUCUCAGUUUGCCAGUAUCUAACAAAACCUGCACUUCAAAGGGGAAGGCGGGAAGCGAAUACAAUUGACUUGCUGACAUAUCCUCAGGGACCAAAAUGAAAAGAAAAAAAAAACUUUCUUGUUCGAACCUCAAAAAGGGCAUCAUUUUCCUACUCUGACCUAAUCAUGGUAGUUGAAGAGUUUGAAUUUAAAAUGCUUCGGCCUCCAACUUCGACGAGGAAAAGUAAUACCAUUAUGUUUCGCAGUUUCCAACAAAGUAUGAUUUUUAUUUUCAUCUUCAACUUUCUUAGUGUUCUCUGCAAGCAAAAAAAAUUGACAUUGUUGACGGAAAAAAAACAAAAACAAAAACAAAAACAUUUCAUGUUCAUUCGUCAUUGGGAUUUCUCCGCAACUAUCAUCGUCAUUGUUGACGGAAUCAACACCACUCACAAUGUUAUCAUCUUCACCAUUCAUCCCCAAAUAUUUCAUCUUCAAUGCUAUCUCCUCCCGACUUCCUGGUCGACAUCCAAGGCGUUGUUCACGUUCCGUCACAAAAAAGUUAUUUUGUCUCUGUUCACAAUGUUGAUGUUCCUAAUUAUUCCUUAAACACUGUUGAUGAUGAGACCCUCGAGUUAAUGGAUUUUGGAAACGAUUCUGAUUUAGAGUUUUCUGAAAACUUGCCUUGUGUUGAAGGGGAUGAUGGUCUGGCUGACAUGGAUUAUGAUGAAGUUAGAGUUUAUGAAACAAAUUUUUUUGAUUUGGGUGAGCAUCUAAAAAAAAGUUUUUCUUAACUCAACCUAUUACCAUCUUCACCAUUCAUCCCAAGUAAGAAUUAUGAUGAUGGUAAUGUUGUGAGUUAAGAAUUCUUUUUCUGUGGAGGCUGCUCACCCAAAUAAUAAUUUUUUGUUUCAAAAACUCUUAACUUCAUCAUAUCAUAAUCCAUGUCACUGAGACCAGUCAUCUCCUUCAACACAAGACAAGUUUUCCGGAAACCCUAAAUCAGAAUAGUUUCCAAAAUCUAUUAAGUCGAGUGUCUCAUCAUCGGCCGUGUUUAAUGAACAGUUAGGAACAUCGACAAUUUGAGCAAAGAGAAAUCAACUUUCUUGUGACGGAGCGUGAACAAACGUCUUGAAUGUCGACCAGAAAGUCGGGAGGAGAUAGCCUUGUAGAUGAAAUUUUUGGGAUGAAUGAUGAAGAAUGUAAUGUUGUGAGUUUUGUUGAUUCUGUCAACAAUUACGAGGAUAGUUGCGGAGAAACCCCAAUGAGGAUUGAACAUGAAAAAAGUUUUCUGUUUUUUUAUGUAUUGAGAGAACGUUAAGAAAGUUGAAGAUGAAAAUAAAAAUCAUACUUGUUGAAAACUGCAUAGCGUAAUGGUGUUACUUUUCCUUGUCCAAGUUGGAGGCCAACACAUUGCAAAUUUGAACUCUUUAACUAUGAUGAUAAGGUUAGAGUAGAGGAAAUCGAACCUCCCGGGUGCCUCCACUCUGUCCAGAACGAACCUAAUUCAAGUGACAGGCAAGAAAAGUCUCAGGACGAGACUCCCAAAGGAGGUUGCAAUUUUGAAUCAAAGAGACACCAUUAAACCCAAAAGAUACAUGUAUUAUAUAUAGUUUCAAAUUCACAUUGUUAUAUUUAAAUAACCAUUACAUCCUUU